AUCUACACGUUGAGGGCGCUAUACACAAUUACCAAAGGCGCGCGCCGUUGUAAAUCGUAAAACAUGGCAUGGUAAAUAAAUGCGUUUUCUUCCUAUUUUGUUUUAAUUUCUUCAGACAAGAGUAGGCCGUGGAACUAGCUACCUACACUUCGGGGCAGGAAUGCCUACUUGUGGAAACUGUCGGCAAGAGGUCGACUUUUAUGAGCACGGAGGCCUGUUUUAUUGCAACGAAUGUGACACUCAGUCGCAGGUCAUGCAUGUGAUUGAGGAGGACAGAGACUACAGUGGCUUACAGGGAUUCUCUCAUUUCACCAAGUACUACAAAACGAGCGUCAAAAAGAAAGUGACUGAAGACAAAACAGAUGGAGAGCCUGAGGAGCGUUCUUGGUGGUCAUGUGAGCUGUAUCAGGCCAUCUUGAAGGCUCAGGUCCAGGCUCUGCUCGCGUUGGGAUUCCCCUCCAGACUAGAUGAGAUUGUGAUGCAGCUCUGGUUCCGUUUCUUGAGCAAGUCGGGCGCAGCGUUCUGUGAGACACCCAAAGCAGAUGACGCAAACACAAAUCUUCAGGAUGAAGCAAACACAAAUUGUGAGGAUGAAGCAAACACAAAUCUUGAGGAUGAAGAAAAGACAAAUCUUGAGGAUGAAGCAAACACAAAUCUUGAGGAUGAAGCAAACACCAAUCUUGAGGAUGAAGCAAGCACCAAUCUUGAGGAUGAAGCGGACAGCAAUCUUGAGGAUGAAGCAAACACAAAUCUUGAGGAUGAAGAAAAGACAAAUCUUGAGGAUGAAGCAAACACCAAUCUUGAGGAUGAAGCAAACACAAAUCUUGAGGAUGGAGCAAACACCAAUCUUGAGGAUGAAGCGAACACAAAUCUUGAGGACGAAGCAAACACCAAUCUUGAGGAUGAAGCAAACACCAAUCUUGAGGAUGAAGCAAACACCAAUCUUGAGGAUGAAGCAAACACCAAUCUUGAGGAUGAAGCAAACACAAAUCUUGAGGAUGGAGCAAACACCAAUCUUGAGGAUGAAGCAAACACCAAUCUUGAGGAUGAAGCAAACACCAAUCUUGAGGAUGAAGCAAACACCAAUCUUGAGGAUGAAGCAAGCACCAAUCUUGAGGAUGAAGCAAACACCAAUCUUGAGGAUGAAGAAAACACAAAUCUUGAGGAUGAAGCAAACACAAAUCUUGAGGAUGAAGCAAGCACCAAUCUUGAGGAUGAAGCAAACACCAAUCUUGAGGAUGAAGAAAACACCAAUCUUGAGGAUGAAGCAAACACAAAUCUUGAGGAUGAAGCAAGCACCAAUCUUGAGGAUGAAGCAAGCACCAAUCUUGAGGAUGAAGAAAACACAAAUCUUGAGGAUGAAGCAAACACAAAUCUUGAGGAUGAAGCAAGCACCAAUCUUGAGGAUGAAGCAAGCACCAAUCUUGAGGAUGAAGAAAACACCAAUCUUGAGGAUGAAGCAAACACAAAUCUUGAGGAUGAAGCAAGCACCAAUCUUGAGGAUGAAGCAAGCACCAAUCUUGAGGAUGAAGUGGACAGCAAUGAGGAGUGGGAGAAAGAUGCAGCCAAAACGCUGCCUCGCACUAAACGUGAGAAAGUAGGCAAGCGCAAGGGGAAUUCAGUCUGCAAAGAUGAGUGGUUGAGUCGUCUCAAGAUUCCCAAGAUAGCCCCGAGAUCCGAGGGCAAGAAGGUGUUACUGAGCAGCUGGGACAGCGUGUGCUUCAUGUACAUCGGACUGCAAGCACUGAAGGAGCACGUUCUGCUCUCUGACUUGCUUAGGUGGGUCCGCCAAGGUCAUCUCCCUCUGAGGUCAACAGCGGAUGUCCUUCCAGAGCACAUCUCAAAGGGUAUGGGCAAGGCGGAGAUCGCAAGGUUCUGCAACCCCGUUGUGUACCUGCCCGAUGUCAACCAUGUGUUCGGCCUCCUGAAGCAAUUGUCGGCCGAGUUGGACCUGAUCCCGCAACCCCUGAGCCUGACAGAGAUGGGCUUCCUCCUAGCAAGAGCGAUCCACACUCUCAAUCUACCAAAGGAGUUGUGCCAGUACACCCAUCGUUUAAGUCUCCAGGCCCCUCCAUCAAAGCUUGAGGAUCCAUUGAGCAACCCCAUAAGUCCAGAAUGCCAAGCUCUAGCUUACGUCGUUGUUGCCCUCAAGUUUCUGUUUGGCCUGGAUGACGACAACGAACACAUGGUUUCCUGCCAAACCAAGCAGUUACAGUCCUUGUUACCUGCAGAAGUCCACUUGUUCAACUGGGAUGUUUGGGUAGAGGCGCAGAAAUUACGACUUCAACAGAAGCUAAGCCGAGAGGGAUCUGUUCACGAUGCACGUGAUUUGAACAAGGUUCGUAACAUGCCUGGCUUUGUUCAGCACUUCAAAAGCUUCUACCAAGUGGAACCAAUUUACAAACACUUGUUUAUUUGGACAAACUAUAGACGUGGACGUCAAGAAAAGUUGAAGGAAUAUCAGCGCCCAUUCCUUUCCCUCAACAAGGAAUCCAACUCCUCGCCUCAGGCUUGCCCAGCUCCUAGCAGCUUUGCUACUGCCCGACCGACACCAAAGUCGGCCCAAUCGGACCAUCUUGACUGCAGUUCCCCUUCAGGAAAUGAUGAGGAUCACCCCAAACCGGCCACCGGCUUGAAGUGGGUUUCACGGGACUACCUGCUCCACGAGGACUUCUCGAGCCACACCCUGAAGCAUCUGACUAAUCUGCGGGAGCUUUGCGAGCAGCACAUCAUCCCGCCGACAGACGUCUUCAAGGCGCUAGACCAGGCCACGGAGGAGUUUCGGUCACGGAGCAGAGACUCCACUGAGCCUCGGGCGAAAAAAUCAGAGAGCACAAAAGUAAAAAGUUCCUCAGAGAGUUCAAGAACAGGCAAAGAAAGUGCUCGUGAAAACGGAAAGCACAGCUGUGACAACGGUGACACAACUACAGAGGACAGUGAAGAUGGAUUGAUCGUGCCCUCCGGGGAAGACAGGUGUAGUGAAACCAGUGAGCUUCUCAGAGAAACAGGCCUAGGCAGCCAGAACACACCCUAUGUGACUUACCCAACGUGUUCCCAGUCCGUUUAUUUCAUGAAACCGGAACACCAGCUGGAUUACUUUCACAGGUCCAUGGCCUGGCUCUUGGACUUGUGCAGUCAGAUGUGGGAGACGGACACAAAGCGGAAAUUCAUCUCCAGGUGUGUUCGCAGAGUGGAAAGUGUUUUAUUCAGUGACGGUCCCCGGACGUUUGGAAAGAACUCUAAAGUUUGAAAUCAGUCAAUCAUGCUGAGACAAGUGUUUCGGCCAAACAAACUAAUAGUUGUGCUUCUGGUUACCCUACCUACCCUAUUUUGACAGCCCCUACCCAAAUUUAUUUUUGGGAAGAAUGACUACACGCAG